GCGAAUUUUGACAUUUGAUUGCGGCCGCCCUGUAUACGGAACAGCUGGAAUCCAUCGUGCAGUGACGGUGAUUUGUUAUUCUCGAGAUUUAUGAGAAUCUAUGAGUGAAGUACAUCGGGUAUUGCCAUCUUCGCUAGUCACUGGCAGAUUUGCUUUCGUCUCGGAUCGUUUGUAAAUAUCCCUAAGCUUACAAGUAUUCAUAAAACUCAGCGGAAGAGCUACGCCGGUGUCAUCUCCAUCAUCUAAACUGUGUUCAACAUGCUGCUUCCUACGGCGAGUUUAAUAGCGAUUUUCCUCAGUGUUUGCACUGCAGAUGUUCCAAAUGCACUUCCAAAUGAUCCCCUGCUAAAGGCCCGCGAUGCUCAGAAAAUCCCGCCAUGUAAAGCAUGCACAGUUCUGGUGGAGUCUUUUAAGAAGGGAUUAGAGAAGACUGCGAGAAAUAAGCAUGACGGCGGUGAUGCCGAUUGGGAAGAAAAGAAGCUGGGAAGCUAUAAAACGAGCGAAGUGAGGUUGGUGGAAAUUCAGGAGUCUCUUUGCCAGGACUUGACUAGGGGAAGCGACCAGUGCCAUUCAUUGGCUUCGGAUAAUGAACACUUGUUUGAAGAGUGGUGGUUCAAGCAUCAGGCAGAAUAUCCAGAUAUUUUCCCUUGGUUGUGUAUUGAGCAGUUAAAAGUGUGUUGUCCUCCAAAUACGUAUGGUCCCAACUGUGAUCCUUGCCCCGAUUGUAAUGGAAAUGGAAAAUGCAAAGGAAACGGCACCCGAAAGGGGAACGGCAAAUGUACUUGCGACACAGGUUAUUCCGGAGAAUUCUGCAGUGAGUGUGCAGUACAAUACUAUGAAUCGUUCCGGGAUGAAAAAAAUCUUCUGUGUUCACCUUGUCAUAAUGCUUGUAGUAUUGAUGGUUGCACGGGUGGUGGAGCGAAAAAAUGUUUAUCUUGCAAAUCUGGCUGGAUAAAAGAUGAGCAAGGCGGCUGCAAUGAUGUUAACGAGUGUAUCACUAUGAAAAAUGCUUGCAAGGCAAAUCAAUUUUGUGUGAAUAAUGAGGGAUCAUUCACUUGCUUGGAAUGCGAUCGGGCCUGUUCAGGAUGUACUGGCGAUGGGCCUGACUUAUGUGAGAAAUGCGCUCAAGGUUAUGAGUUACGAGAUGGACAGUGUAAAGAUAUAUCACAUGAGAAACGUGAUCAAUAUGUUACCUUAACUCGAUACUUAGUAUACCUAGGACUUUGCAUUGCAAUCGCAGUAAUCUUCCAGAGUUCUACGUGGAUAGGAGCGAUAGUAGGAGUUGCAGUUGCACUCUACAUUUCCGCCUCUGAAUAUUGGCUGCAUUCUUCACCGUCGAGUGUAACACCAACUGUCGAUACCAAACAAUUAGAAGACAUGAUAAGGGAUUCUCUUUAAAUUAAAGAAAAUGAUUUAGGAAAUCAUUAGGAGAAAAUAUUGUAUUAUUUAGAAUUUUUUUCUUCUUUCUGUUCUUUGCCCAACAGAAUUUAUAUUAAUUGCGUACGUUUUGAUUAUGGUGUCAAUGGUGAAGAUUAAAACAAGUAAGCGUACGUAUAGUCUUUUGUAUUUGAACUUUUAAGCAGUUACCACGACUGUUCUUGAAGAGUAAAUAUAUUAGUUCAUACAUUGAGUGAUAAUGGAGUUUCUGUGGGUGUUUAGUAUGCCAAGUAGUGGUCAUUGAGGCUUAGUUCAGGGAUUAAUUUUACAGGAAUAAUAACACUGCUCACAAGGGGCAAUUUAUUAUACGCAAUAUAUAUUUGCGUUUUCUAAAAUUAAUAAUAAGAGUCAUUAAUUAUA